GACACCCCCGGCACGGGGACCCCCCUCUGCCCGGAGGGGUUCGGGCCAUCCCCCUUUUAAAGGGCCGCUCCCCCAUGCGGGGCUCUGCGGCUGGGGUUACUGCAGCUGCGGGUGGUGCGAGGAGGGGGGGUCUGGUGCUUUUUGGGGUGCUCGACCCCCGCUUUGCGCUGAAAAAGGUGGGCGGUUUUUCUGUCUCGGCUUUAUCCCUAAAGGGGGCGUCGGGGGGGCUCCGCCUGGAGUGGGGUGCGCUGGGAAGAGCCCCUGCGGCUUCUGCAGCGCCGAAGUAGGUUAAAAUAAAGGGUGGAGAGGAGAAAAAGUAGGUUAAGGAAUACUCACCAGCAGCUGCCUGGGAAAAGAGGUAGGAGCCGUGUCGGGUCUUUUUUUUUUUUUUUUUUUUUUUCCCUCCUCCCUUUUUUAUUUUUUGCCGGAGCUGGAAAAUCCCAGGGCUCGGAGCCGGAGCGCAGGGGAUGCUGCGGGAUGCUGCGGCGCGGGGCUGCACCCCGGGACGUGCCGCUGCCGGGGCUGUGCGCCACCCCAGCGCUUCCCCGGGGAUGCUUGGACUUGAACGCUGGAAUUUUGUGGCGGCUCGCUCGUUCCCACUGCUCCCGUGGGGCCCGGCAGUGCGAUAAUACCGAGUUUCACUCCAUCUGCCGGACAAUCCCCUCCUUGUCCAAGGCUGUCUCCAGCAGCUGUUCCCCAAAGUUUUCCCGAACAGUUGCUCCUUUUUCCCUCCUUUUGUCUGCAGGAGCCAGCGGUGAAACCCUGUUCCCCCACGGGGAGGGGAUGCCCUCGCUGGAAUCCCGACGGGCAGUUUUAGGUUACAGAUUCUGUUUAGGGGGGCUGGGAAUAAGCGGCUCAUGUGAUCCGGAGGGAUUUGGGGAGGUUUCCAAAACCAAGUCGCCUCCUCUGGUGCACUGGCAUUGAUGCACUGGUCAGGUGGGGUAUGGGGCUUGGAGUGUCCCCAAAAGCAGCCGGGUCUGGUACUGUUGCAGUUAUUUUUUGGUUUUCUCUGGUUCUUGGAGCAGCAAAUUCUGUCGGUUUAGGAGUGUGUCAGGGCAGCUGGGCUUCCCAGCAUCACCAGCUGGGGAUUUGUGCCUGCAUACCCCAUCCCCACUUGAGAUGGCCCCAAGCUGCCCCCAAAAGUGGGUGCUGAGUCCUGAGCUAAGCUCCAGUGCCAACCAGGAGCUGGCACCCGCCAGUCCCUGCACCUCCUGCAUCCCUGUGGUUGCGUUUUGUUCAUCUGAGGGAUGCCCUUAAUCCCUGGAUUAAGCUUGGCCCCAAAUCAGCUUUACCCCUGCUCCUGGUGGUGUUUAGAUCCAGUUAUCAUGAUGUGGAAUGCUCAUGGUCCUUCAGCCACAUUGGGACCUUCCUGUCCCCUCCUGAGGCCAUUUCUUCCCCAGCAGAGCCGGUCCCCAGACAUCUCAGUGUCCCUAAGGCGCUUGAAUUGCACUGCCCCAGAGAAUUAAAAUGCUUCACGUUAGGUUUAAACUGGAGUUUUAUUGGAUUAUAGGGUGGAGAUCUUGCACAGGCUACCACCGUGUGCCCCUUUGUGCUCGAGGGGCACAUCCCACAUCCCAGGGGAUUCAGGAGCUGGGCUGGCUCUGGGCUGGCACCCUGCAGGAGUGCUCUUGUACUGAGAGCUACUGGAGGGAACUGGACUAUGGAGGAUGCUCAUUUUGGGUUCUGCUCAUUUUGGGUUCUGCUCAUUUUGGCUGUCCCAACCCACAUCCUAUAAACACCCGGCUCAGCCCCGCUCAUCCCCGGGACCCCCCUCACGUGUAAUUAGUUGCAUUUCAGCGUGGUGCUGGCCACUAAUUAGGAGAAACUCGUCAGGCACGGGCUGUAAUGAAGCUCUGCCAGGGCUCUCACAGGACCAUGACGACCGAGGGGGAAUUUCCAUGCGGGCGGCAGGAUUUCCAUGCAGGCGGCAGGAUUUCCAUGCGGAGGCUGGAUCCUGGUUUGGGUCUCCCCGGGUGAUGAAGAGGAGCGGGAUGCACUGGUGGCUUGUCACCAUCCUGGGGGUGCUGAGCGGACCCGCCCAGGGCGCCGGGAGCUGCAGUGGCCCGGAGCAGGGCACAGCGGGAUGCCCGCCCGGAGAGGAGCCCAGCGGGGAUGCAGCGGGGACAUGCCGGGCGUGUCCCCCCGGCACCUUCUCGCUGGGGGCCGCGUCCUGCGCCGCUCACACGCAGUGCCGGGCCGGGAACAGGGUCCUGCUGGCGGCGGGGACGGCGGCCAGCGACAGCCGCUGCGGAGCCUGCCUGCCCGGGUUUCACAGCCCCGGAGGGGACAGGGAGCCCCGGGGACGGUGCCUGCCCUGCGCCGCUGCUCCCCGCGGCACCCCGGGGUGCCCAGGGCGGCGGCGAGCCCGCAGCCCCGAAAUGCCGGGCCGGGCACCGGGAACCAACGGGACACGCGUGACCCUGCUGGGUGAGGAAGAGGAGGAGGCGGCAGCAGCACAGGCAGCCGUACUGACCAUCGUCCCGGUCUUCUGUGCCAUGGGAUUGUUGGGAAUCCUGGUCUGCAACCUGCUGAAGAAGAAGGGUUAUCACUGCACUGCCAGCAAGGAGCCCCAGCUCAGCGGCACCGGUGCCAGCUCCAUCUACCAGCUGGAGGAUGCCAACGAGGACACCAUCGGGGUUCUGGUGCGGCUGAUCACCGAGAAGAAAGAAAAUGCAGCAGCACUGGAGGAGCUGCUGAAGGAGCACCAGAGGCAGCAGCUGAUGCCACCGAGCUAUGCCCCCCUCAAUAAGCUGCACCUCCUGCCUCAGUUUCCUGCCGCCUGCCACCACCAGCAGCACCUGCACACGGUGCAGGGACCGGCCCCCUGUGCCCGCUGCAGCCAGAAGUGGCCCGAGGUGCUGCCAUCACUCAGUGCCACCAAAGUCCCCAAGCCCGGGGCUCAUCCCAGCGAGGUGACCAUCCUCUCUAUCGGCAGGUUUCGGGUGUCCCGGAUCCCUGAGGUGAGGAGCGAUGCAGGGGGGGAGCCCCUCCGUGGUCCCCUCCCCGCCGGCAGCGGGAUGUGACCCCGUGACGGAACAGCACCAAGGGCCCCCACGAGCAGGCACCUGGCCUGGGGGCUGCCUCGGGGGUCAGUGACACCCAGAAAGGCCCCAUGGAGGACACUGGGCAUUGUGUGAAAGCCAGUCCCGCUCAGAGCUGCGAAGUGCUGGAGGUGGCAGCUCAGCUUCUGCUCCUGCCACCAAGGUGUCCAAGAGCAGCACAGCAAAUCCAGCGUCUCGCUUAGCUGGUGAAGAGGAUUCUGUCUCUGAGGCCUGAUGGUGGCCAUGGCGUGGUGGCCUCAGUCCAGGAGCUGCGAUGCUGGUGGUGAUGGCCACACGAAUCAUCAUCUCUGGGAACCAUGAUGCAGCAACACAGCUCCACUGGAAGCACAGAGGACACUGGAUACCAUUUCAUGGUCACCUUCUGGGUCUGUUUAACUCUCCAGGACCAUCAUGAACUCCUGAUUUCCCUCCAUCACCUGGUGCCAGCCCUCAGCAUUGCAGGAUAAUGAAUGACUGGAUCAGGAUCACAGAGUGACUCCUCCCUUCCCAACAGCCCAGCUGGGGCAUGGAUUGCUCUGAGCAAAGCUGGUCUCCUGCAUCCAUCCACCCUCUCUCCAAAGUGUCAGUUCAGGAGCACAUGGUGGUGAUGCUCACCAUGCAGAUGACACAUUUCACUUUCUGUAGGAAUUGCUUCAAUGGGAUCACGCUGGCUUGGCCAUGUUGGGAUCACUGGGAUAACCCACCUGAGGUUGGGUUGGAGACCAUCAACCCAAAAAAGGGUUCAUGGCUGGUCCCAUUCACCUCUCCACGACAUCACUGUGCCAAAAAACCAACCACCAAACCCUCUCGGGCUCUUUUAUUUAUUUAUUUAAUUUUUUGGGAAACAUUUUAAUAGUUAUCGAAUGUUCUACAUCUUACAGUAAAUAUCGUACAGUUACAAACUCUUGGCUGAAAUCUGUCAGGGAGAUCACAACUUGAUCUUCAGAACCAAAACCAGAACAGAAAACAAACGGGAAAACAAUCCCAAAUUUACACUUCAGAUGGACAAAAUGAGGCUGUGGGGCUCUCCAGGGCAUCAGUCCAAAGCCAUGUUCCCUACACACCUGUGAGAUGUAGACUUGGAAGACAUGGUUACUCUUGGGUUAAAAUUUUUUUUUGUUGUUCUUUCAGGGAAUUUCAUUUGGUAUUUAUUUUUAUUUAAGAGAUCCAAUAAUACUUAAAACCAA